AUGUCUGACAACAGCAUAGACCAACGCCUCGAGGCCGUCUUCAGAGAUGGCUGGCACCCUGGCCUGCCCAUUCCCAUUCCAGAAGAACCCAUCUAUAAGUUCUCCGAGUCCGCUCUUCAGGUCGGCCACUUCACAGAAGAUCUCCCCGGCUACCCUCCAACCAUAUCUCCCAACCGCAAGAGGAACGCGAAAGCAUACCUCAUGGUAAAGCGCAUCGGCAGCGACAAACCCAUGACAUUCUUUCUCUGGUGCGACGCUGAUGGCAAACCCGUUAAUAAAUGGUACAUCCAGAUGGCCGAAGGCCUUGUCAUUCAAGAUCUGAAGCGGGACCUGAUGAUGAUGUACAACAACCAGGAGGUAUCGAUUGUCACGACCUACAACGAAGAACUCAAGGUUAUGAAGGACCGAUUGGCUCUCAGAGCAUGCGCUCUAAAGGGAGAACCUUACAAGCUUCCUGCCGAUCAAGGAUGGGACGGGAGGGAUAUAUGGUUUUGCAGUGAGGCUGAUGUAGAGCUGAACUGA